AUGUCAAAAUCUCAGAAUCCAGCCCCUGACCCGCAAUAUCCAGCCCCUCCUGAUGCUGCCGAGGCUCGACGUCUCCAUGCCCAAGGCUAUAUUGCCGUAGACGCCCUCGGUGGCAGCCUUAUCCUCUGUCCCUUGGACACAUCUCGCAAGAAUUUGCGUAUCCUUGACAGUGCAACCGCUGACGGGCACUUUCUGACGCUGGUACGGAAGCAACUGGAUGAUCCGGAGACCGCGGAGCUGAUUGGCACGGAUAUCGCGGAUUUCCCGCCUUUGGACCUGCCCAACAAUAUUACACUCGUGAAGCAAGACUUUUUGAAGCCGUGGCCAGAGAAGUGGGAGGCGUACUUUGACUUUGUUCACCAACGGCUUGCGCUGUCUAUCGCGGGUGACAUGGACCGGGCCGUCGAUAUAGUACGGCGGCUCAUAGCGUUGCUUAAACCGGGCGGUUGGAUCCAGAUUGUCGACACGUGCCUGAUGCUGGACGAGAUCGAAGAGGGAGACCGGCCCUACGUGAAGUUGUUGAAGUUAAUUGGACGGGGCACGGAUCGUUUUGGAAUGAAUCUGACGCUGGGCGGAUCGACGGCUGAGAUUGUGAGGAGAGCUGGAGAGGGGGUGCUUCGAAAUGUAGGAGAAAGACAAGGCGUGAGCGUACUGGGGAAGGGUGCCGCUUCGAAGGAACUUGAGGAGAUGGGGUAUGAGGAGGUGGAGGGGUUGAUCCGUGCUGCCACAAUGCUACUGCAGAAUACGCCGCAGGAGGAGAGGCCGAUGACUUUGGAGCAACUUGAGAUGUUAGUGGCGGAGGUGCGGAGAGAAGCUGAAGCUGGAGAGUGUUCUUUAACGUGGUACGCUGCAUGGGGACAGAAGUUUUGA